AAGCCCUUCAGGUGCGAUGUCUGUUGGCAAUCCUUCAGCCGGAACCACGAUCUAAAGAGGCACAAGCGGAUUCACGUUGCUGCAAAGCCCUUCCCAUGUCCCAGCUGCAACAAGUUCUUCUCCAGGAAGGAUGCCCUGAAGGUACGGCAU